CCUGCCACACAUAGGCAUUCUAUAAAUACCUGCUGAUUUGGCAAUUUAUUAAGAAUUUUCCUUUUUCUCUUCCAUUUUCUUUCUUUUUUUUUUUUUUUUUUUUGUAUUGGGUAAUGGAACCUUUGGGGACAUGUUUAUGUGAAGUUUUUAGGAGUUUACUUCCUUUCCAUGUUUUUACAGAGAACAUACACAAAUAGGUGACUAGUGUUUAUUUAUCUAAUUUAAAGUAAAUUAUAAUGAUUUAUUUUGUGUUCUGUGUGCAGAACAGAGUGUUCUGAACAUAACUCCAAGUAGAAGAGCCUCAAGCUGAAGGUACAGUAUCUUGUUUACACUGAAGGAGCUUGUGUGCGGACAAGAAAGCGCUGACAGCUCAAAUGGAUCCCAUGGAACUGAGCAAUGUCAACAUCGAACCUGAUGAUGAGAGCAUCAGUGGAGAAAGUAUUCAAGAUAGCUACACCGGGAUGGGAAAUUUAGAAAAGGCAGCAAUGAGCAGUCAAUUUACUAAUGAAGAUGCUGAAAGUCAGAAAUUUCUGACAAAUGGAUUUUUGGGGAAAAAGAAGUUGGCAGAUUAUGACGAUGAACAUCAUCCUGGAACCACCUCCUUUGGAAUGUCUUCAUUCAAUCUGAGUAACGCCAUCAUGGGCAGUGGAAUCCUGGGCCUGUCCUAUGCCAUGGCCAACACAGGGAUCAUCCUUUUUAUAAUCAUGCUGCUUGCCGUGGCAAUCCUCUCUCUCUAUUCAGUUCAUCUUUUAUUAAAGACUGCCAAGGAAGGAGGAUCUUUAAUUUAUGAAAAACUAGGUGAAAAGGCAUUUGGAUGGCCUGGGAAAAUCGGAGCUUUUAUUUCCAUUACAAUGCAGAACAUUGGAGCCAUGUCAAGCUACCUCUUCAUUAUUAAAUACGAACUACCUGAAGUAAUCAGAGCGUUCAUGGGACUUGAAGAAAAUACUGGAGAAUGGUAUGUCAAUGGCAACUACCUCGUCAUAUUUGUGUCAGUUGGAAUCAUUCUUCCACUUUCUCUUCUUAAAAAUUUAGGUUACCUUGGUUAUACCAGUGGAUUUUCUCUUACCUGCAUGGUGUUUUUUGUCAGUGUGGUGAUUUACAAGAAAUUCCAAAUACCCUGCCCUCUGCCUGUUCUGGAUCACAAUGUUGGGAAUCUGACAUUCAACAAUACAGUUCCAAUGCACGUGAUGAUGUUACCCAACAACUCUGAGAGUAGUGGUGUGAACUUCAUGAUGGAUUACACCCACCAGAAUCCUGCAGAGCUAGAUGAGAAACAGGCCAAGGGCUCUAUUCAUGGCAGUGGAGUAGAGUAUGAAGCACACAGUGAUGACAAGUGUCAGCCCAAAUACUUUGUAUUCAACUCCCGGACGGCCUAUGCAAUUCCCAUCCUAGCAUUUGCUUUUGUAUGCCACCCUGAGGUCCUUCCCAUCUACAGUGAACUCAAAGAUCGGUCCCGGAGGAAGAUGCAAACAGUGUCAAAUGUUUCCAUCACGGGGAUGCUCGUCAUGUACCUGCUCGCUGCCCUCUUUGGUUACCUAACCUUUUACGGAGAAGUUGAAGAUGAAUUGCUUCAUGCUUACAGCAAAGUGUACACAUUUGACACCCCUCUCCUCAUGGUACGCCUGGCUGUCCUGGUGGCUGUAACGCUAACUGUGCCCAUAGUGCUGUUCCCUAUUCGUACAUCAGUGAUCACACUGUUAUUUCCCAAAAGACCCUUCAGCUGGAUAAGACAUUUCCUGAUUGCAGCCAUACUUAUUGCACUUAAUAAUGUUUUGGUCAUCCUGGUGCCAACUAUAAAAUACAUCUUUGGAUUCAUAGGGGCUUCUUCUGCCACUAUGCUGAUUUUCAUUCUUCCAGCAGUUUUUUAUCUUAAACUUGUCAAGAAAGAACCUCUUAGGUCACCCCAAAAGGUCGGGGCUUUAAUUUUCCUUGUGGUUGGAAUCAUCUUUAUGAUUGGAAGCAUGGCACUCAUUAUAAUUGAUUGGAUUUACAAUCCCCCAAAUUCCAAGCAUCACUAAC